GAAUAUAAGGCUACUACUUUAUGUUUCAAGAAUUUCUCCCAAAAACUUCACACUUCUCAUCUCUAACACUAGUACAUUAGUCCCACCUUGAUCAAUCUACAACCAUGUCUAAAGAUCAAAAUCAUCAAACUCUACCAAUUGAUCCUAAUGUUGAUCCCUAUGGCUAUGUAGGCAUGGUUCGUCGUUCCGAUGGCUCAAUCACACGUCUACAAGAACCUUCUGUCCCUAUAGACACAUCUAAAAAUCAUUCCCUAGUCGUCACCAAGGAUAUUGCUAUUAACUCCUCAAAGAACACGUGGGCACGUAUUAUUCUCCCUCGUCGACUACUCCAUCCCCCCACCACCACCGCUAAACUUCCUCUUGUAAUCUAUUUUCACGGGGGAGGAUUCAUAGUGGGGACUGUAGAUACGCCCAUCUUUCAAGGCCUUUAUGCGUCACUUGCUAGUGAAAUUCCAGCAGUAGUUGUAUCAAUCGAGUAUCGUCAGGCCCCUGAGCAUCGACUUCCAGCAGCAUAUGAGGAUUGCAUGGAAGCAUUGCAUUGGAUCAAGAACAAACCUGACGAAUGGUUAGUCAACUAUGCUGAUUUUUCCAAAUGCUUUCUCAUGGGCACGAGUGCUGGAGGCAACAUAGUGUACCACUUGGGGCUAAAAGCUGCCUCAAUUUGGGACAACCUUAAACCUUUGGACAUCAAGGGGCUAAUAUUGAAUCAACCUUUCUUUGGUGGGACAGAAAGGACACAAUCAGAAUUAAAAUUAGUUAAUGACAAGGUAUUGCCCCCUAUUGUAAGUGAUGUCAUGUGGGAGUUAGGAUUGCCUGAAGGCGUUGACCGCGAUCACGAAUAUUCAAAUCCAAUGGUGGGGAUUAAAUCAAACACCAACCUAUUUGAUCAAGUAAAAUUACUGGGGUGGAAGAUCUUGGUGACUGGUUGUGAUGGUGAUCCUUUAAUUGACCGCCAAAUUAACUUGGUAAGGGUCUUGAAAGAAUUGGGCGUUCAAAUAGUGGGUAGUUUCACUCAUGGAGCAUAUCACGGGUCUGUGGUUAGUGAUCCUUUGAAAGCUAAGGAAUUUUCCAUAGUAGUGAAGGAAUUUGUGACCGCCUAAGGCCUCAUUUGUUCAAGAUUAAGAUUUAUUCACACUAAAUAAGUGUUUAGAUCUUAAUCUAAAAAAAUGCACUUAAUAGCCUAAUGUUUGGAUCAUAGAUAUUCAGACAUCCAUUAAGUGCAAACAAAUGAGGAAUGAGGCCUAAGUCAUUUUAACAGGUUAGGUUGUGGUCAUUUUCUUCUAUUCAAAUCAUUUGCGAUAAUUUAAGAGAGAGAAUUUUCUGUCACUUCACUAUUUUCCUUGAAUAAUACCACAAUGUUGAAAUGG